GCUUCUGGAUAAGGUAGUUAGCGUUAGCCACGCGUAGUCCCUUGUUAGAAAGUCUCUUUUUUUAACUCAUUUUACUCCACAUGACAUGAUAUUAAUAUUUUACUAAACAUUUAUCCGAGCUGUUGCGGUGUAUGGAUUGCAUGACGUGUCGUUGAAAGAAUACAGGUAAGGUUGCCAGAAUGCCACUUCAUGGGAAAAUAGUCGUGAUCAAACGGAGUGGAGGAGAUGGCACCGAAUUCCCCCUCACUGCGUCCUGCUUGUUUGGAAGGAAGCCAGACUGCGAUAUUCGUAUUCAGGUUGCUCAGGUCUCUAAGGAGCACUGCCGAAUUGACCUAAAUGAAAAUAAAGAGGUUAUUUUGACAAAUCUGAGCUCAGUAAACCCGACCCGUGUCAACGGAGAGGCUCUACAGCAGUCUGAGCGCUUGAAGCAUGGAGAUGUUAUAACCAUUGUUGAUCGUUCUUUCAGGUUUGAGUACCCGCCAGCACCUACUCCAAAGAAAUUUGCUAAAGAAGGCAAAAGUGAAUCUCCUAAACCACAUCUGAAAGAUGGAACAAAUCACAGCAUCCAGCGAUCCCUGGAGGAGACCAAGGAGGCUGGUGAUAUGGAACCUAGCAAGGCUGCGUCCCCUUUUAGUGAUCUCUAUCAAAUGAUCAGAAAAUCUCUGGAUGUCAAGACCCCUCGAAAGUAUUCUGACAACAACUUCCAGAGGCCAAUGAGAAAAAUCCAGGAAGAUGCUGCCACAGUUGAACCGCCAAAAACCGACCUGGCUUGCGGUGAAGGUGUCGCAGAGGCCAUCACCCCAAAAUCCGACCAGAAGAUCAAGAAUCCUUCCCAGAUUCUUGCAUCUGAUGCAGCACACACUCCUCUUAAAGAUGCAGAAAAUGUCAUAUCCGAAGCAACCUCACCACAGACCAGGCAGCGUAUGGCUCCUCAGAGGUUUUCUGCAGGUGACGCUAUGGAGAAAGUGUGUUCUCCAACACCUAAGUCGCCAAUGAGACGGAGGAGUAAGGAGGUUACACCAGCCAAGGAACAGGGGAAAGUAACGCAUAGUCCUAAAGCUGACUCGGCAGGAGUCGACGGAAAAGCAGUGCUCAAAAAACGCAAGAGUGCAGAGCUUUUAAGGAAGAAGCGGGUUUCCUUCGGAGGCUACUUAGUUCCUGAGUUGUUUGACAAGAAAUUGCCACCAGAUUCUCCGCUACGAAAAGGAGACACUCCAAGGAGGAGCCUGAGUCUGGACAAACCCAAACAGUCGCUGCUUCGACGUGCCUCAGUCAUUGGCCUGCUAAAUGAGGCUGAUGUGAUGGAAUCGCCUAAUCGCCCUCCUGCUAAAAAAUCCCCAAAAAGGAAGUCCCUGUCUCCGGGAAAGAAGACAAAAUCCGUCUCUCUAAAGAUGAAAUCACCAUUAAAAAAGUCACCAAAAUCAGCCUCUCCAAAGAGGGAAUCACCAGGAAAGAAGUCACCAAAAUCAGCCUCUCCAAAGAGGGCAUCACCAGGAAAGAAGUCACCUAAAUCAACCUCUCCAAAGAGGGAAUCACCAGGAAAGAAGUCACCAAAAUCAGCCUCUCCAAAGAGAGAAUCACCAGGAAAGAAGUCACCAAAAUCAGCCUCUCCAAAGAGGGAAUCAUUUGGAAAAAAGUCACCAAAAGCAGCCUCUCUAAAGAAGGAAUCACCAGGAAAGAAGUCCCCAAAAUCAAAGACGCCUUCUCCUAAGUUGCCAAGAUCUACAAGAGUAUCUCCCAAGGGGGCGUCACCUAGAAAGAAGUCACCAAAAUCCAGCACUCACUCUGCCAUAGCCUCACCUUCUGGAAAGAAAUCUCCUACAUCGAAACCUAGCACACCUAAGAGAGCCUUUUCCUUCAGUAAGAAACUGGCAACUCCUAUGGCCAACACGAGGACAUCCCUCAACUCUACUCCUUCUCAGGAAACACCAAAAGCUAAAACCUCUUCAGCCUCUCAAAGGGAAACUUCUUCCGUGCAAGGGCGCUUCUCUGUGUCACGCAUCAAAACCCCUUCGCCGAUCGCAGAGGACGCCGUCACAACGCAGUGUGCUAUGGACACACCCAAAAUCCCACUGAGAAGGAAGAGCAUGAAGAGCACAUCGCGCAAGACCCCCUGUUUGGCAAGGAGUGCUGUCAAAGUCAUGCUCAGACGAAGUAGCGUUUCACGGGCAUCUUUGAAAGUGAUGAGUACCUGGGCGGACACUGUCAAGUUUGGCAAGGCUAAAGUCAAAGCGGUUGUACCAGCAAAAAAAGUAUUGAAAAGUACUUCAAAUGCCACAACGGUUAAGAAGAACAUGCCCAAACAGAAGACCCCCGUUAGAAAGCCGCUGGGCCACACGAGCACUGGACACGCAAACUCACCUGUCACCAUCAUUGUGGGCCGAGCUUUAAAGCAGACAGCCGUGCACACUGCUGCUGUGCCAAAAGUGGUCUUUAAUACAGCAAUCUCAAAGAAAAACCUGAAAAUGGACGAGGAUUUGUCUGGAAUUUCUGAAAUGUUCAAAACGCCUGUGAAUGAGAGGAAGCAGAGCUCUCUGCAAAACAAGAGCAGUGCUGUUAAGGCACCAGUGGGAGUCAUGGAGUCUGCUUUGCCUGAACCUUCCUUGUUGAACACCCCUGAAGAGCCAGGUGAAAUGAUGGUUUCUCCGCUCACUGCUGCAUCUGUUGUGAAAGCAGGCAGAUUCAACAAAGAGGCAGUGAAACGCCUUCUUGAUGAUGAGUCUAGCUUCAACUGUGACGUCUCUACUUUGGAUUCUGUCGCAACUCCUGAACAGAAGCCCCAACUACCUGAGUGUCUCACUGGAGGGAAGAGGACCACAAAUACCCUUACACAGGAACCUGUGCAGGCCCUCAGAGGAAAACUUGUACAAACGCCCAAACAGAAACCUGAGCAACAAGAGUUAUUCCCUGGAGUGAAGAGGAUCACCCCUAAACCUAAAAAUGAACCUGUGGAGGACUUAAGAGGAAAGCUUUUGAAGACACCGAAACAGAAGCCUGAGCAGCAAGAGUGCCUCACCGGAGUGAAAAGGAUCAUGAAGACCCCCAGACAGAAGACCACACCCAUUGAGCAUCUGAGAGGGAAACUUCUGAAAACUCCCAAGCAGAAGCCUCAAGUGGCUGACGUUUCUUUCGGUGGUCUCGCUGAUUUGCUGAAGACACCACAAGGUCAAGAAUCACAAUCUCAAGAAGCCGACACAGAAACUCCAAAUGUGGAGACCACUCCGAUGAGCUGCAUGUCCAAUGUCAAGAGAAUGGUAAAAACACCGAAACAAAAAAGUGCUCCAGUUGAAGACAUGUUUGGUAUCGAGAGGCUCAUGAAAACUCCUAAAGAGCGAGGUGAACCGGUAGAAGAGCACUUUGGUAUCAAGAGACUCGUGAAGUCACCCAGAUUGAGGGGCAAUGCACCUGUGGAAGACUUUGAGGGACUUCAGGAUCUCAUGGAGGAGCCAAUACCUGAGCCCCUGAAGCAGACAGAAACAGCCAAGUGUGGAGAUCAAGCAACCUUAAACAGCAGUGAUUUGGUCAUAGCAGCUGAAGAACGUGAUUUUACUCUCGGACAAGCACAGAAGGAAGAUGGGUCAUCAAAACUAGACAUCUCAAAAGGAGAAACUGCGACAGUUUUAGUGGAGGUGCCCAGUGAUUCUUGUGAGCCAUCUGAUGCUAAGGAAGUUUUUUCUGAAGCUGUGAUAGAAGACGAGACACCAGCAAUGACAGAAAUGCCUGCUACUGAUGCCGCCCCUUCCAAGAAACCCAUCCGAGGCAGAAAGGCGAAAAUGGUGAAAUCCAAAGCAGCUAAUAAUAAACAGGAGAUGGCAGAACCUUCUCAAGAUAUUGUUCCUGUUAGAGGAAGACGAAAUAGAAAUGCUGAUCCUGUUGAACCUACCAGGGAUGUUGUUGAGCUUGCCCAGGAAGAAGCAAAAGCUGCUCAAACGACGAAGAAAGGAAGAGGUGCCAAAAAAGUCUCUGAGCAGGUCGAAACGUUUCUUGAGAGCAAGCAGAGUCUUCCCCCUGCAGAUAAUGGCCGUGAUGCACCCUUGGAAAAGGAUGCCGUGAAGCCCAAGCGAGGACGAAAACCCAAGCAUGAAUCUGUGCAGUCCAAAACUACACUGCCAGAGACAGAUUUGACGUCUGCCAGCAGUGACCAUGCGUCCCCAGAAGGUGAUGGUGAUGACAAGCUAGAGCAGACACCAAGCGAACAGAAAGAUGUUUUGACUGUACAGAAGAAGUCUGUACGUGGGAGAAGAGGCAAAUUAGUGGUGGACUCUAGAGCAGAGGAGGAAGUAUGUAAAGAAGCUGUUGACUUGACUGUAGUCAAAGCAAGAAGAAGAAAGAAGACUGUGGCGAUUGAAACACCUGCUAGCCGACAAACUACUAGAAGUAAAAAAGCCAAGGAAGACUCGGUUGGUGCGCAAUCAAAAAUUGUUCAAGAUGUGGAGGUGAAUUUGGAGCCUGUGAUGUCAGCAGAUGCAGUGAAUGAGGAAACGACAUAUACCACUAUGCAAGGGGAUGAGCCUGCAGAGGAACUGGUCGUAAAGCCGAGUCGGGGCAGGAAGACAAAGCGUGCCCAACUUGAACCACCUCAGCCAGAGCCGGAAGGAACACCAAACAGUGUCUCCAAACAAGCUAAGCUACCAGCGUCCCCUAGCCCUAAACGGAGACGAGGGAGAAAGGUGAUCUCUGUAAGUGCUGAGCUAAAGGAAGUUUCAAAAGACCCCUCUGAGGAGACAAAGCAGCAGACCAAGUCUGUCUCCAAAACUAGAGGAAGGAAUACCAGGCAGAUAGCAGAGCCCCAGGAGGCAGUUAAAAAACUGAGGAAUAGCAAAAAUGAUGUAGAAGAACACGUCCCAGUGGAAACUGAAGAACCACUUGUUGCAGAACCGCAAAAGGUAUGUGAUACAACACCCGGGGUUGCAAAAACUAGACGAGGAGGUGUGAAAAAAUCAAAGCAAGAAGCAGCAAAACUCAACUCUGAAUCCACAAAAGACCAAGAGGGUCCAAUUGAGACACCAACCGAAAAACCCAAACGGGACAGGAGAUCAGAACCAGUUGAAGAUGUUGAUGGAACCACAGAAGUGUCAGGGGAAAAAUCUGAGCAGAAGCCGCAAAGGGGAAGAGGAGUGAAAACCAAUUCAAAACGUGACCUUUUACAAGUUGUUCCAGCUAAAAGAGCGCGACGAGGAGCCACUGUCACCUGUGAGAAGGCCAAAGAAGUGAAAGUUACAGAGUCAACUGCAGCGUUAGUUAAACCCGUCAAAAGGGGAAGACAGGCAGCAGCCAAAGUCUCAUCAGAGUCAAAUACCAAUCCCGAUUCAAACGCCAAAAUAUCUACCAGAUCAGUGAGGUGGAAACCCGAGGUGGAGGUUUACGAGAUUCCAAAAGCAACGCCCGUGAAAGUGGUUCGAGGCAGAAAGUCAAAGAUUGCUGAUCAAGCUGACACCCCAAGUCAGAGUGAGUCAAAAAAUGCCCAUCAAACUGAAGAGGAUCUCUCAGGAAAAGCUGCGGAAGCUCAUCCUGCCAAAAGAACGAGGCAAGGAGCGAAGGCUGCAGGCAAAGCAGAGUCCCCCAACAAAGUUGAAGAGCCAAGAACCAGAAGAGGAAGAUCAGCAAAUAAAUGAGCAGCUUUGUGUGUGUAUAUAAAUAAUCAAUGAUGAUUAGAUGUUCGUUGCCGGUCUCUUUUAGAUUAUUAUGCUUUUUUAAAAAUUAAUACAAAAUCAAGCACUGCGUGUUCAAUUUUUUUACUGCAGGAAACCUUAUACAUUUAUUUUUGUUACAUGUGUUUUAUUCAUGGUACAUUUUUUUUACUUUAGGCUGGGGAAAAAAAAAUAAAACUGUUCAAUUUGAAGUAGCAGUGUUUUUUUUAUAUUAUACUCUCUUGGUUUUAUUACAAUUAUGAGAACAUUUGCUUUUAUAGAUUAUACAAUUCUAAACUGGGUAUAUCUUGUACUGUUGGUUACUACCAUGCAUAUUUCACAUAUUGAAAAACCUUUUUGUUACAGCGGUGAGUUCUGUAUAUGUUGUUCCCUUUUUUUAGACGCUUCUAUAAAGCACUGGCUUUUGUAUUCUGGCGUUUCUCGUGAUUACUCUCACAUUAAAACGAACGUUUUAAAA